UGUUUUGUUUAUAAAUAGAGCACGUCCAUGUUCAUACAUGCUUAUAAUUACUCAUUUUCUCCAUAGUUUUUCUGUGAAUUCUUAGCUGUGUAGAGACAUGGGCACUGAAGCUCCUUCUCAUCAACACCAUACUCAUCAGCCUACUGAUGAACAACUAGCUAAGCAGAAGACAAUAGAUGAAUGGCUUCCAAUAACUUCUUCAAGAAAUGCAAAAUGGUGGUAUUCAGCCUUUCACAAUGUCACUGCCAUGGUUGGAGCUGGUGUCCUCAGUCUUCCUUAUGCCAUGUCAGGGCUCGGAUGGGGUCCUGGUGUUGUUGUCCUUAUCUUAUCAUGGGUGAUUACAUUAUACACUCUAUGGCAAAUGGUGGAAAUGCAUGAAAUGGUGCCUGGUAAAAGAUUUGAUAGAUAUCAUGAACUUUCUCAAUAUGCCUUUGGUGAAAAGCUUGGUCUUUACAUUGUGGUUCCUCAACAGCUAGUUGUUGAAGUUGGUGUGUGUAUUGUCUACAUGGUUACUGGAGGCAAAUCAUUGCAGAAGUUCCAUGAUCUUGUAUGCAAAACCUGCAAACCGAUCAAACAAACCUACUUCAUAAUGAUCUUUGCCUCGGUUCACUUUGUACUCUCCCACCUUCCAAACUUCGACUCCAUCUCUGGUGUCUCUCUGGCAGCUGCAGUCAUGUCCUUGAGUUACUCGACUAUUGCUUGGACUGCUUCCGCCCAUAAGGGUGUUCAGCCUGAUGUGCAAUAUGGUUAUAAAGCUAAGAGCACAGCAGGGACAGUCCUCAACUUCUUCAGUGCUUUGGGAGAUGUGGCUUUUGCAUAUGCUGGACACAAUGUGGUAUUAGAGAUUCAAGCAACAAUCCCAUCGUCGCCUGAGAAGCCAUCCAAAGGGCCUAUGUGGAAAGGAGUGGUCGUUGCGUACAUAGUUGUUGCCUUGUGCUACUUCCCUGUUGCUCUAAUUGGGUAUUGGAUCUAUGGCAACGGAGUCGAAGACAACAUCCUCCUUUCUCUAGAGAAGCCUGCAUGGCUCAUUGGAAUGGCUAACAUUUUCGUUGUGGUUCAUGUCAUUGGAAGCUACCAGAUAUAUGCAAUGCCAGUGUUUGACAUGGUAGAAACUCUAUUGGUAAAGAAAUUGCAUUUCAAACCCAGUAUUAUUCUUCGCUUUUUUGUUCGCAACCUUUACGUGGUAUUCACAAUGUUUGUUGCUAUUACCUUCCCUUUCUUUGGUGGUCUCCUUUCAUUUUUUGGUGGAUUUGCUUUCGCCCCAACUACAUACUUUCUCCCCUGCAUAAUGUGGCUGGCCAUCUAUAAACCAAGGAAGUUUAGCUUAUCUUGGUGGGCUAACUGGAUCUGCAUUGUAUUUGGUGUUCUGUUAAUGACUUUAUCUCCUAUUGGAGGAUUGAGGCAAAUAAUUCUUCAAGCUAAGACCUAUUCCUUCUACUCUUAAUCAUCUUCCCCAGUCAACAUCAAGUGCAUUGCUACAGAAGCCAAAUUCUCCACUACUAUAUAUAUAUAUAGUGAUGAUGAUGAACAAAGCUGAAAUAGGUGUUGUGCAGCAAUGAUCAGAUUUCAGGGCAUAUAUUAUACAUGCUUUUCACUAGAGGAAAAAGCAACUAUGGUCACAGAAAAUAUGAAAAUGAAGUUUCUUGUAGGCCCUUCAAAAGUU